GCAGUUCCCUUCCCUUACGAGAAAACUAUGUCUUGCACCCUAAAAUCAUAAUAUCUAAUUAUAAAUCUGACGAUAGAAUAUUUUCUUUUUCUUUUUUCAUACAUUGAUUUCCAACAAUUUGGCGGACUCCAUGCUACGGCGUUCGCUGCGAAGACUCACCUUCGCCAAUGGGAGCUUCAACGAAAGACUUCGCAAGAACGACGGCUGUGUUUCGCUGCAACAGUCUUUUAAGCUCUUUGGUCUCAACCCUAACGAUACUUGCUCCGAUCAAGAAAUCAAGAAGCGUUUCAGGGAGUUGGCGCUCAAAUGUCAUCCCGAUAGCGGUGGCAGCAACGAGGAGUUCCGGGUUCUCAAGGAUGCGCAGGAGAUGGUUCUCACACAUCAACGCAAUGGUUUGAAACCAGACUGUUUCACGUUUCAUGCUCGUCGACGAAGACGUCGGGUGGUGGACGUGAACUACAUCGAUGAAACGUACGAGACCUAUUACAAGACACCCGGCCGAGAAGACUACUGCACCUAUUGCACUGAGGAUUAUACUGUUCUUAUCUUUUUAUCCUUGGUAUUAAACUUUUUUUUCUACCAACUACGUAAGAUGCACAAGCGAAAUAUCCCAAGCUAUUCGAAUUAAUCUUUUAUGCGGCGUUAUAAACUAUAUUAGUACAACGUGAAGCUGUGAGGGAAACUAGUCAAAUAUAUCAACUGAAGUGAGCAACUUUUCAAUUUAUGGAUAAAUAAAUAUAUAAUAUGCACAUAAAUAAUAAAAACCUAUAAUGCGAUCAACCUAGGAUAAAUCGUUGCUUGCUCUGCUCAACAAUGAUUUUAGAAUAGCAAAUGAUUUUUGUUUAUUUAAUUAGGGAUAUUGCAGGAUAAAAAAUGUGCCUAAGAUCUACGCUGAUAAUUUUUAAAAUAACAUGCAGAGAACGGAGAUGCUUUCACACUUUCUAAAUUUUCAAUUUCUAUUGAUAAAAAAAAAUGAAACCUUCUGAAUGAAAUAUAUAUUUUUUCCUUGAGUUCCCAAGAAGAUGAAUAGAUGUCAUAUAAGACAAUAAAAAUAGAUAUAAUUCACCACGUUGUGAGUUUUUUAUGUGUUGCACUCCUUGAUGUUCCUUUUUCUUUUUCCAUCCCUGAGGGGUUUAUUUCCCUGCACUCUAUAGUUUGAUGUAUCUGAAAAAAUUUAUCUCCUUUUGGUGGUGCUCAUUUUCUAGAAAUUAUUGAGUAGAAAUGGCACACGACUCCGCCGAUACCCCAACGAGCACGGUGGAUAAUCAAGAUGAGAGGCAAGCGUUAGCGCGUCUCACGGAGGAGCUAAAACAAACGCAAAGUAAAUUUGAAGAAUGGAAAGCCAAGGCUAAGGUUGGUGUCGAUCAGCUUCGAGGGCGAAUAGUGGAGCUUACAACACAAUUGGAGGCCUCAGAAUCCCAAAGACAGACGCUCGUGAUGUCGUUAGAUAAAUUAAGAUCCUCCAAAGAAGGCGACCUCACAUGGAUAGAGGGAUUAGGAAUGAAUCAUAAUUUAGGCCUCCUGGCGCUUGAGCGGGAGCGCGCCGUUGGUGAAUACCUCUUACAGGCUUCUCACGAUAAGAUAGAGGCGGUAUGGGAGGCACUUCUUCUUCAAUUCAACGAUUUUCCCCCUAACGCCGUUAAAGAUCAGCCUAGUUCGACCUCCGAGGAUGAAUUGGAACGUUACAAACAACGAGUCGCCACGACGAUGAAAUUGCAGCAAAAGAACUCUGAGGCGCUUCAAAAUCAGGUCGUAGAGCUCCAACAGCGUCUUCAGUUGGCGGAAAAAGAGCUGCAGGAGCGCGCCGCGGCGCUGUCAGGGAAAGAAGAAACGGUUUCGUUAUUAGAGCAGCGACUUAGCAGUGUCGAGCGCGCGUACGAGGAGCUCCAACAGACGCACGACACCCCGCUUGGUGGCCCGAAUAUGGAUCGAAUCAGCGCGAUGGAGGAAAGGAUGGAGGAGGAGCUUGACCGCCUCCGCGCGGAGUUCAUGCAACACGAGAAUACCGUUCUAAUGCAACACCACGACGAACUUGAGCGACUUCAAUCGAUGCACGAACGCGAAAUUCAGGCGAUUCAGCAGGAAGCGGAGGAACGGCUUGCGCGUGAGCUCGACGCGGCCCUUUCUUUUCAGAAACCUCAAGCCAUGCCGUCGCCAUCGUCGCCGUCCACUCAGGAAGAUGCGGCCUAUUUAGAGCUUCUCAAAGAGUUUGAGGCCCUCGAAAGUCAGCACCGCACCCUCAUUCAAGAACACGCCGCGAUGAAGAAUAUAAUGCAACAGUUAAACUCCCGAAAGGAUGCGGAAGGGACGGAUGACCGGAAGGCGAUCUCCAUUUCAUGUCAUCAACACAACCCCACCUCUCUUGCAGAGGCGAAAGAACUGAUUGAGGGCCUCCAAACAUGCCUAACUACCACUACCGAUCAGCUAUGGCAGUUGAAAAAAAGUUUGAUGAGCGGAAACGAAAAUAAAGCCCCGGAAGGAGCGCUUGAUCCCCAGCAUGUUACGUAUUUACGAUCUAUUAUUGUAAAUAUUUUCUGCCUAUGCGAUAAAAAUUCGACGAUAGCGAAGCUCCUACCCGUGACCAGCACUCUUCUUGAAUUUAGUAAAGAGGAUUUGGAUGCGAUAUAUGCAAACAAGCCUGAGUGGAAGCGCCGUCAAUAG